AUGGCGCUAGUUCCGCAAAUUCCGCGAAGCCCGCGGCGCGCAGCCGUCGCGUGCAUUUUCCUUCUCGCCACGGCUCUCUUUUCCACCUUCACGCGAACUUCCGCCGCCGCCAUUUCCCUUCCCGAGUCGCUCUCCUACGCCAACGUGGCGUUGCUAGACCCGCGCCUCGAGCUCCACUGGACCGUCAACGACAGCGACGCGACCAUUCGAUUGGCGGUUAGGGCUAACACGGCGGGAUGGUUCUCUAUAGCCAUCUCCGAGAUAGGCUCCAUGGCGGGCUCAGACGCGCUGGUGGCGUGGGUGGCGGAGAACGAGGGACGCGUGUACGCCACAGACUGCUUUAUCCUCUCUCCCUCUCUCUUCUUUCUUUCUCAAAAACUUACUCUUCGCGUCCAACCCGAAACUGUUGACCCAGACGCGCUCGUGGCGUGGGUGGCGGAGAACGAGGGCCGCGUGUACGCCACAGACUGCUUCAUAUCUCUCUCUCACUCCCUCUCCUUUUUCAAAAAUUUCCGUUUGUGCCACUCCGAAACUGCUGAUUCAGACGCGCUGGUGGCGUGGGUGGCGGAGAGCGAGGGCCGCGUGUACGCCACAGACUGCUUCAUCUUCAACACAACAGCCACUGGAACCGCACUGGACGACCAACAAGACUGGCACGUGCUGGGCGGCAGCCAGGUCACCAACCAAUCCACGGGCGACACGUGGACCACCGUGCACGCGUGGCGCCUGCUCGACACGGGGGAUUGUAAUGACCGCCCGAUAGUGUCCGGAAAGCUUCACAACAUCAUCUGGGCCUCGGGUCCCACGGAUAAAGUCAGCUACCAUGGCUCCACGCGGGGUGGAGGCACCUUAGUGCUCGCUCCUUCGCCAGGCCCCGCCAUUCUCCAACCCUCAGCACCGCCCUCAACCACUUCUCCUGCUGCUGCUGGGUCUAAUUCGGCUCGAGGGGUCGGGCGGUUGGGAGUGGAGCGGCGGCAAGCAGUGGGGGAGGGGGAGGUGGUGGGGGGAGUCCUUAAUUUCACUUUCACGGACUACCCCGUCCCAACCGACCGUUCCUCCUAUCGCUGCAUGCGAGGAGUACCCGGAUCUGCUGCAAUCGGGAAUGAUAUUCGACUGUGUGGGGAGGGAGGGCCCCUUGCGGCACGUUCGUGGCCGUGUGGGCGUGGGGAGGAGAGGACGCCCUUCGCAUCAUCUUCUCUCACCUCUUCCCACCUCUCACCGCCCCUUCCCAUUCCCACUCUCCUAUUCUAUACCAACAGAGAAGAGUACCCGGAUUUGCUCCCAUCGGGGAUGAUCUUUGACUGUGUGGGGAGGGCCCCCUGCAGCACAUUCGUGGCAGUGUGGGCGUGGGGAGGCCGCCCCUUCACCCUCCCCCCCAACAUCGGCUACCCCAUCGGCCCGGGCUACUUCACCAAGUUCGUGCUAGAGAUGCACUACGUCAAUCCCGAGGGCCGAACCGAUAUCGUGGACAGUUCCGGGCUGUACCUGAAGCUCGCAUCCUCUCGGGACCUCCAGGACGCACACAUCAUGAAGGUCGGCCUCGUCGAUCACACCCACCUCAUCCGAGUGCCGCCCGGCAUGCCCUCGUGGACGCUCGCUAAUUCCUGCCCGGGCGAAUGCACGGCUGCGGUGUUCAAGAACGAGAGCGUGAAGAUUGUUGGGUCGAUCCUGCACGAGCAUAACAUUGGACGGCAGGUGUACACAGAGGUGCUAAGGGAGGGAAGUGCCGUUGCAACCAUCAACCGCAUUGACUACUUUGACUAUGCAUCGCAACAGACCAUGCCGGUACAGCCCGAGUUUGAGCUGCUGCCAGGGGAUGAGAUCCGCACCACCUGCGUGUGGGACUCCACCUCUCGCUCCAAUGUAACGGUGGGAGGGCCAGCAGCUGAGAAUGAAAUGUGUGUGAACUACCUCGUGUACUACUCUGCAACGCAGGGCCAAGAGAUGCAUGCAUGCUACACGGUGUGUGGGGCGAUGGACAACGACACACUCACUAUGGACCCCAGUCGCCUGGACCUCACCACGCACUACGUGUGUGGGCCAGGGCACAACCCCUACAUCCCCACCGGCAAAUCCUGCGUUAUCAGCUACGGCUGCAACGACAAUGUCACAGUCCUCUAUGGCUGCCCUGAUAAGACCAAGGUGUCUCUCUCAACCAUUCCAAUCGAUGACAUCUCAACACCGCUCCUACCCGGCAGCACUCUCUCCCCUUCUUCCCUCGCCAAUAACGCUGCUACAACUGCAAAUACCAAUGGGGAUCUCUCCACCGCCAACACCAAUGCUCUUGCUUCCGCCGCCAAUGCCACUGCUGUUGUUUCCCCCGCCAAGACCAAUGCAAAGGCUGCCCCAGCAGCAGCAGCUGGCAGUUCUCUCACAUUGAUGCUUCUGCUCUCCUCCUUAACUGCCUCUUUUGUUUUCUAA